UUUUAUCAUUUUUUCAUGCAUUGUGUUUUGUUUGGUUCCUUGUUGGUUUUAACUUCAUGUUUUAAAGUGCUUCUUCACAUGAUUGUAGCUAAAAUGAUAAAUACAAUCAUUAAGUGAUUUGUGCAUUGGCAUCACAUCUCUUUCCCACCAAAUUGCAAAAGUUUGAGGAUUUUUUGAAUUUGGAUGCUAAGUUGGUUACAUCUUAUUGACAUGUAACUAAACUCUACAGGAUUAACUAAUACAGAUGCUGUAACCUGAACACCACAAAAUACACUGUCCAUGAGAAACAUGAAUUUUAGUUUUCAAUUGAUAAGGUAGCCAUUUGAAUAUCGGUUAAAAAAUGAGUGAAAGCAAAUUAUCUUCCAUUGUUUUCUUUUAUAAAGUAUAUGAAACUAUGCCUUUACUUUUUGAUAAUCUCUGCUUUUCUAUCAAUUUAUCUUCAAUAUAAUUUUAUGUGGCUUUGUCUCUAGAAAGUCCGACUUACAGAAAAGCAUCAGUGCAGAGAUAUCUUGAGAAGCGUAAAGACAGGUGAAGGUUUAAGAACAAGAAAAGGAUGGUCAUGCCUUCAUCCACUAGCUUAGACAUGUAUUUAAAUCAGCGGGUGGCUGAUCAACCAUUACAGGCUCAGUUCAGCUCGAGCGAACCACAUUCCUCGCCCCAAGUACAACCACCUCAUCUACUUACACAGUGCAGCUCAAUUGAAAAUAAUUCCUAAGACUGUCGCUCUCUUUGCUGAUCCUUUUGACCAAGAUGUCCAAACAUGUUGACACGUUAUUUGGAUUGACCAUUGUAUGAUGAGCAAGGACACCACCACAUUCAUAUGUAUUCAAGGCAUCGACUUUCAUGCGGCACAAAAUCAUUCCUCCAAGUGAUCACUGGCGUGACGAAAUUGCAUGCCUGUUACUUUUUUGCAUCCACUACCUAACCAAGUGAGGAAACUAGUAAGUGUUCUGCGUGCUUCUCUAUGCCUCUAUAUUUCAUUAGCUGUAUAAUGACGAUAUUCCACGCACUUAUCCAUGGUUGUGGACAAUCUGCACUUUGCCAAACCUUGAUGUAUCAGUUUCAUGAUAAUGCAUGUUACAAUGAGUAAUAUGCCUACAUAUGCAUCCUACUUGAAGAUGUUCUAAUUGAAUAUAAUGGAGCAAGAACA